UGUCUCUGUCCGUAGCUCCUGACUCAGUGUUAUCACAACUGCAGAGUUUUUCCAAGGGCUGCUCAGGAGUGUGGAGCACCAGCUCCUUUUCCAUACUCUCAUCCUGCCCCCUCUCCUCUCUCCCACUCACCCACGAGGAGCAGCUGCAGGAUUCACUGGCAGCCAGAAGGGAAGACGAGCAGACAGCUGUCACGCCGUGAUUCAGCCUUUCAACUGUGGUUUGGAGGGGAAGUUUUGAGCUUUAUUUCCCACUUUGCAGAGCAAAGAGCAUCUGUUUUUGACACUUGCAGCUUUGUGCUGAUCCGGGAGGUUGAUUUGCAGUGACAGAUUCCGUGUGGGGAAGCUGAACUCGAACAGUCAGUGCAAAACCUUCUCCUGACGUUUUUCCAUUGAUCGGGUGAAAUUAAAUCCAAAUUAUUUACAGAAGGGCAGAGUGUUUAAAGGGGAAUGAGAGAGAGUGUGAUCUCUCAGGUGCUGUAAGUGGUGUGACUGGGAGCACAGACAGACUGGCUCUGAGUUUUAUUUUAUGGAAUCUGAAGGCAGCGAGAAUGAAGAGCCUUUGGCUCGGAGAGUGGCCGUGUGUGCCACAGUAGUGAGGGACAGAAUGGAUUCUUGGACAGGCUGGGAACGCAGAGAGCCAAAAGUGAGUCACAUGGGCGACUGCAGACACCACAGUUCAUUGUGUAAGAACUGCAGCAGCACAAUUGGAGCAGCCCCACUGACCUCACAGCUCAACGUGCUAUUUAAGGUCUGGCUCGCAGAUGUUCCAGGAGCACCGAGCCAGAGCCGGCCCGGAGCGUUCGACCGGGGAAUAUUUACAGCCUGAGCCUGCCCAGGAGAUGAUUGCCCUGAUCCUCUUCUCUGCCCUGCUGUGGGACGAGGCUGGAGCGUGGGGCUUCAAGGAUGGAGUGCUGCACAACUCCAUCUGGUUGGAGCGGGCAGCCGGCGUGUACCACCGGGAAUCGCGCUCCGGGAAGUACCAGCUCACCUACGCCGAGGCCAAGGCCGUGUGCGAGUACGAGGGAGGACACCUGGCCACGUACCAGCAGCUGGAGGCGGCCCGGAAAAUAGGUUUCCACGUGUGUGCUGCCGGCUGGAUGGCCAAGGGCAGGGUUGGUUAUCCCAUAGUAAAAGCUGGAGCCAACUGUGGCUUUGGGAGGACGGGAAUUGUUGACUACGGGAUUCGCCUCAACCGGAGCGAGAGGUGGGACGCCUACUGCUACAACCCCCACGGAAAGGAGUGUGGGGGAGUCUUCACGGAUUCCAGGCACGUGUUUAAGUCCCCAGGGUACCCGAAUGAGUACGAAAACGAGCAGAUCUGCUACUGGCACAUCAGGGUCAAGUACGGGCAGAGGAUCCACCUGCAGUUCCUGGAGUUCGACGUGGAAGAUGACGUUGCCUGCAUGGCGGAUUUCUUGGAAAUCUACGACAGCUACGACGAUGUCAAUGGCUUUGUGGGCAGGUUUUGUGGAGAUGAGUUGCCCGACGACAUCAUCAGCACAGGCAACGUCAUGACCUUGAAGUUUCUCUCAGAUGCGUCGGUGACUGCGGGUGGGUUCCAGAUUAGAUACACCACCAUGGACACGCCUCCCAGGGCAGGGGAUGGGAGGAAUGCCACAUCCCCCGGGAAAACAAACUACCUGUCCGGAAAAUUCGGUGUUCUGUGAGCAGAGGAACCGCAUUCACUCGUCAAGAACCACAUCUCAGAAUGAACCCAAUCCAGAGAUCUGUGCCUGCAGAGAGCUGAAGUUUCGUUCAUCUCCUCCUGACUUUGUAUUUCCUGCUUUUCUACAGGUUUUGUUAAUAAACUAGACUAGGAAAUAAAUUAUAAGAUGUACUUAACAUGAAUAAUAGAAAACUAUUUUUAGGAUACGAGUACUGUAAAAAUCUGUCAGCAAAGAUUUUAAAAUUAUUUUUGUAUAUAAACUGCUCCUUCUCCUCAUUCCUUGUACUGUUCCAUCAAACCU